AUGGAUUCAGAGGUUGCGCCGAAGUUCGCGCCCUUCAUUGGCAUGGGUGGCAUUGCUGCGGCAAUGGUCUUUGGAUCAAUCGGCGCCGCAUAUGGAACUGCGAAAUCUGGCAUUGGCAUCGCCGGCGUGGGCACCUUUCGUCCUGACCUGAUCAUGAAGUGUCUCAUUCCUGUCGUCAUGUCAGUUUGUUUGCCGGAUUCCUACACCUAG